GCUUCUCUCGAAGAGUAAAAAGUGUGUGCAUUUCCUGUUCCUGCUCUGUGCAUGUUCUGAGGCUAACGUGAGCACGAUGUUGCGGUUACUCCUUCUGACUUUGCUUCUCACAGUUAAGGCUUCUGCAACAGACACUGAUGGUUCAGGAUACUACACAAAUAAUGAUGAUGAAGAUGAGGAACCACAAGGACCACAUACUGCUUCAGAAGUGAGAAACGAAGUCGGAGCCCACAAUGCCGAUGUUGAUGAUGGAAGCACCACGAUCAUUAUCAUAGCAGCAGUGAGUGUGGUCGCUUUGGCCAUUGUGGCUGUAAUAGCUGUAGUUCUCUUCACACGUCAUUUGCAGAGACGGGAACAAGGUGUGUACAGUGUCCCAGUGGAGCAGGGCCAGAAAUGCGUCUAAACUUGCAGUUCUCCACUUCUGCUUGUGGGAUCACAUCAGGGACACCUCAACACAAAAAACACACUGUCAUGUGUGGCCAACUCUUCUGCCCUGGCUGCCCACUAAUACCUGCUGCAAAACCCCUUCAUUCCUCAACCUGCUAUAAUGCCAAAACAGGACCAUUUUCUUACUGUCAUCACCUUUUGCUAGUUUGUAGAAGAAUACCAUGGACCAAAGAACGAUUCCUGCACCACUGAUGCCAUUUGUUUCUAAUAGAGACAUGGUGUCAUAUGUCAUAUAUAUGUGUAUAUAUAUAUAUAUAUAUAUAUAUAUAUAUAUAUAUAUAUAUAUAUAUAUAUAUAUAUAUAUGUGUGUGUGUGUGUGUUAUUUGCUGCAGGUUAGCCCUCAUGAUUUUUUAUCUAGUCCAAAUCAGAUGCACUUUAAGCACAUGUUGUUAGUCAGAGCAAUCAGAUAAACUUCCUACAACUUUUCCAUUUAUGGUAAGCCAGUUUUUUUGCAUAUUUUCCAACUACCCUCAUGCAGAAUGUCCACGGUAUUCAAGCGAGAACAGGAAAAAAUAAAAAACCUUGUAAGAUGUGUAGGGCCGAACUGGAUUAAUAAAAAAAGAAAAAAAAAAAAAAAA